ACCGACCUAGUUAAAUACAAAAACUUUGAAAGAUAGGGUUACCCCAGUCAAUCUCGAAGCGAACCACAUGUUAGUGCAGUCAGGCAACCCAGGUUCGUAUAAAGUGAAAAUUAUAGGAUUCUUUGCGGUUUUCCAACCUGGGCUACAGAUCAACCUGGGCUCGUGAAAUGAGGCCCUUAGUUGCACAGCUUUAAAGCGAGUGAAUUGAUGGAUUCUGAGAAUAAUUUUGUUCAAAGGUCGCGGUAGGGGAAUUGUUAGCAAUUUUCAGGUUCCUUUGACACUUGUCAGUCCAACAUUUGGUAGAAUCAAUUCAUGCGGGAAUUAUUAUACGUAAGAAAAACUUUCCUUGCACCGCACGCAAGCGGUGCUGUAAUGUAAGAGUCGUCAAGUCUGUGACGGUAUUCAAACAUAAGAAACAACUGAUGAGAGUGAGAGUGGGAUGCAAUACUUUUUACUUAGUUUUCGGUCUCGUUCUUCUCAUGCUUGAAUCAAGAAAUUCAAUUGCUAAAUUCAACCAUGAAUCAGACUGCCCAAAAUCAAUGAGACCCGUUUUUGAAGUUUAAUUUUAUGAGCACCGUUUAAAUUGACGUUUAUAAAAGAUAGUGUGCUGAUAACCAAAACAUGCAUAAAAUUAAUAGUGGCUUUUGUAUCAAACAAAUUGAAAAAAAGAGUGAUCGAUCUACCUUGCGCUGUUCGCCUCUUGGUUAUCUCGGAGCUGUUCAGGCAAAUUUCUAGAUUUUGGGCUGUAGCCUUUUAAGUACAUGCAUUUACGAAUAAAGCUAAGCCCAGUUGUUUACCACUCUUUUUUCAUAUACUUUUAAUUAUACUUGGAGUUGUGAGAAUCGAGUCAGCGAAGGUUUCAUUUUUUCUUAGGCUUUUUCCUCAGCAUUGUGAUGCGAGGUUUCUUAUUGUAACCAGUCUUCCGCGUUCAUAUUUUCAGACCACGUGUAGGAAAGAUGUCACGUGCUUCCGAUACGGUCGUCUGCUUUUGACGGGUUUUCUUUAUCUCUACCAGAAAACAAUACAGUGAAUAAUUCAGUGAUAAGGUGUGACAACAGAUGACUUCAAAGCAGGUAACGUAUUUUGGCUGUUCUCGGACAAUAAGCGGUCUUGAGAAACAUGAUAUGGGACGACGAGUGACGCAACCUGAAAUGACCACGACGGGCAGAACCAAAUAAAUCGCCGUGAUUCAAGCGAUUUUUACCGGCUAAACUGAUAAUCUGAAGCAAUGAAUGCUUUCUUUGGAUUUGUUGAUUUUUAAAAGGAUGACAUUUUAAAGCUAAUGAAGUAAUCGAGCUACGAGGUAGUUCAGAGUUUUGAUAAUCGACGUGAAAAGGAGAUAAAAUGGAAUCGAAAAAAGAAUGGAGCCGACCUGACGAAAAGAUCAUUGCUUUCUACGUCGCUCAAGAAGCCGCUGUUGAGAAGAGAAGCGAGGGAAAUAAUGUUGUGCCUCUUAUAAAGUUCUUUUCAUUCCUUUGCGUAUUUCUUGGUUUCGCUCUUCUUGUUCUCCGCAUGGAAUAUCAACCUUCUUUUGCAAAGAACUGGUUCAACGAACCUGUAGAACAACCACUCGAGAUGACACCUUUUGACUGGGAAAUAGAAACAACAAAAUCGACGGACUUUGCACGUGAAGGCGGCUCUGAAGCGUCAGAAGUCCUCCCCUUGGCUGUUUGGGGUUUGUGGGGUCUGUGGAGUGAAUGUAGCAAGAGAAAAUAUUGUCAAGAAGGACAACAACAUCGUCGUAGAGUAUGUUUGUCUUUGGAGGAAUCAGCUCAAUGUCUGGGUGUCUCCAUGGAGGCUAGAGACUGCCCAGCUACUGCCUGUGUUCAUGCAUAUAGUUCCCCUCCCAUUUUAGUGGACGAGUCACCAGCGCCGACAACAUCAUUUCUUGCUAUGGAGUGUAACACUACAGUUAAAUACGCGGCUAGUGGUAGAUUCAGGGACCUUGUACCAAACUCUGUUUAUCAAUUAUAUCCUUCUGCUAAGAAGAUGUUGGAAAGCGGAUUUUUUGCCCUGGAGAGGAUUCCCAAACUUAUCAAGCACGAGUCUCCUAUAAUUAAGGUGUGUUUUGAACCGUUUGGAGUAUGGUCUCUGACAGCAGCUCGAAAAGUGUUCCACCUAAACAGAUCAACGGGAGCCUCUCUGAAAGAAGUAAAAUCAAGUCUUGUGGUUGGGCUGGCCAUAGCUCUUCGGCCUGAUGGGACGUUGUAUGGGGCAAUGUUAGCUACAGGUACCCCAGGAGGGGUCUAUAACAACGUUUAUUACAGGCGUUUUCGAGGAAGGAGUUUCCAAGAGGAUAUACCAUGGUAGUGGCGUUGAAUAUAUUUUUUGUAACAUUUUUGAAACGUUUUAAAAAUGUUCUUCGUCAGGUUACGAAGUGAGUCUAGACUUGUACCCAUAUAUUUAGAAGGUCUGGGAACCUACAUGAGCCUGUUUACAUGCAAGGACCGAGAAAAGAGGGGUUGGUGCACCGUGCUCGAUAAUAAGAGGCCAAGCGUGAAGGACGGUUUGAUGGGAAACUUAAUGAUUAUAUAUGAAAUUUUGAAGUGAAAUAAUUUAUGGAAAUAACUAGCUUCAUAUUCAGCAUUCGUUAGAAAAAUCGCUUCCCUCAGAGAUGUUCAUGUUUUGCAUCGCAAAUAAGUAGAUAAAUAACAGGAAACGAUAAACAAAAGGUGGUAUCGAGAUUUCUUACGGACUUAAACUGUACAAUUUGAUUUUUUAAGAAGACAUAACGAUACUUCAGUGCAUUUGCAGUAUUCGUGUAUUUUUUAAAUAAACAUUCCUACUUCUUGUAG